GGAAAGGGGGGCGGGUUCCGGCAGAAUCCAAGAUGGCGGCGGCGGAGGCGCCCAGGAGAAUGUCAACGGUCGUGUGGUUGGCUCUUCUCCUGGCGGCGGUCUCGGCGGUGGAUAAAAGCAACUUCAAGACCUGCGACCAGAGUUCCUUUUGCAAGCGUCAGAGAAGCAUCAAAGCUGGAAGUUCCCCUUAUAGGCACUGCUGGAUUCCUUGCAGCUGAGCCAAGAAUCUAUGAAAAUCCAGCUUAUCAAUGAAGCAAACAAGGUUCCUCUCCUCCUGGAGUUUUAUGGCUUGAAAGAAAACAUGACCCGCCUCAGGAUCAACGAGCUGACGCCCCUCAAACCCCGCUAUGAGGUACACGACGUCUUAAUCCAGGACCCUCCCACCUCCAGACUCUCUGUCACAGGCCGCGACGAGAACAGCGUGGAGCUCUCGCUCGAGGGCGGGAUUCACAAGGUGAUCCUGACGGCGAAGCCCUUUCGGAUGGACUUGCUGGCGGGGCGGGGGACCUGGUGUUGAGCGUCAAUUCCGGGCCUGCUGGUGUUUGAGCAUCUGCGACAGAGGAAGGACUCUUUCUCGGAUAAAGUUAGUGACACGGUCGUUAGCAUUUGGGAUAGGAUCACGAACGUUUUCUCUAGAACGCCGGAGAAGGAACCCGAGUCGGAAGGAGGAGGAGGUGAGCCCGAUGAAGCCGCCGAUCCGGCUUCACCUCCAGAAGAGGAAUCUGCGGAGAAAACAGAGCAGCCUGAGGAGGCCUCCCAGAAGGACCCCGAAGAGGAUCCGGGAUUGUGGGAAGAAACUUUUAAGACCCACACGGAUAAAAAACCCAACGGACCGACGUCGGUGGGGCUCGAUUUCUCACUCCCAGGAGUGGAGAACAUGUAUGGAAUCCCAGAACAUGCCGAUAACCUCCGCCUGCGAACCACGGAGGGAGGAGAUCCAUAUCGUCUCUAUAACUUGGAUGUCUUCCAAUACGAACUCUACAACCCGAUGGCUCUCUACGGAUCGGUCCCAGUGUUGUUAGCUCACAGCGCCCAACGGACCCUCGGCAUAUUUUGGCUCAACGCAGCCGAGACCUGGGUGGACAUCACCUCCAACACAGCUGGCAAGACCAUGUUCGGGAAGAUGCUCGAUUACAUACAAGGCGGAGGAGAAACGCCCCAGACUGAUGUCCGCUGGAUGUCGGAGAGCGGGAUCAUCGACGUCUUCCUUCUGCUGGGACCUUCACCCACGGAUAUUUUCAAGCAGUACGCAUCCCUCACAGGCACCCAGGCUCUGCCUCCGCUCUUCGCCCUGUCCUAUCACCAGAGCCGCUGGAACUACAACGACGAGGAGGAUGUGAACGCUGUGGACAACGGCUUUGACGAGCACGACAUCCCCUACGAUGUCAUCUGGCUGGACAUCGAACACACCGAUGGCAAGCGCUACUUCACCUGGGACCCCAACAAGUUCGCCAACCCCCGGGAGAUGCUUCAGCGGCUGGCAGCCAAGAGGAGGAAGAUGGUGAGUAUUGUAGACCCGCACAUCAAAGUCGACAGCAGCUACCGAAUCCACAAUGAAAUUCGCUCCCGGGACCUUUACGUCAAGACCAAGGAUGGGAAUGACUAUGAAGGCUGGUGCUGGCCAGGUUCAGCGGGCUAUCCGGAUUUCACCAACCCCCAGAUGCGUUCCUGGUGGUCCAGCAUGUUUCCUUAUGACCAAUACGAGGGCUCCAUGGAGAACCUCUACACCUGGAACGAUAUGAACGAGCCUUCGGUCUUCAACGGUCCCGAGGUCACCAUGCACAAGGACGCCGUCCACCAAGGGGGCUGGGAGCACCGCGAUGUCCACAACCUCUACGGCUUCUACGUGCAAAUGGCCACUGCAGAGGGACAGGUUCAGCGGUCCGGCGGCGUGGAGCGGCCCUUCGUCUUGACCCGAAGUUUCUUUGCCGGUUCGCAACGUUACGGAGCUGUGUGGACCGGGGACAACGCGGCCGAGUGGGACCACCUAAAAAUUUCCAUCCCCAUGUGCCUGAGCCUGGCUUUAGUGGGCAUCUCCUUCUGCGGAGCCGACGUGGGUGGCUUCUUCAAAAACCCGGAGCCGGAGUUGCUUGUGCGUUGGUACCAGGCUGGAGCCUAUCAGCCUUUCUUCCGAGCACACGCGCACGUGGACACCACGCGUCGCGAGCCCUGGCUUUUCGGCGACGAGAACAAAGUGCUGAUCCGGGAGGCCGUCCGGGAGCGUUACGCUCUGCUUCCCUUCUGGUAUACCCUCUUCUAUCAGUCUUACCGGACUGGCCUGCCGGUCAUGAGACCACUCUGGGUCGAAUAUCCCCAGGACCCUGUUUUGUACCCCAUUGAUGAUGAGUAUCUGCUUGGCGAUGCACUGUUGGUUCAUCCGGUAACUGCACAAGGAGCUCGCGGUGUACAGGUGUAUUUACCUGGCAAAGGGGAAGUUUGGUACGAUGUCCACACUCACCAGAAACUCCACGCCCCACAGACGUUUUAUUUGCCGGUCACCAUGAGCAGCAUUCCAGUCUACCAGCGUGGCGGCAGCAUCGUGGCUCGGAAGGAGCGGGUCCGGCGUUCUUCGGACUGCAUGCAGAAUGAUCCAUACACGCUCUACGUGGCAUUGGGGCCUCAGGGAACCGCCCAAGGGGAACUUUUCAUUGACGACGGGCACACGUAUAAUUUUGAGACAAAAAGACAAUACCUACACCGCCUCUUCCGUUUCUCUGGCAACGUGCUGACGGCCAGCUCGGCAGAUCCGAAGGGCAGCUUUGAAACUCCGGCCUGGAUCGAACUGGUGAUCCUCGGAGCGGGCAAGCCGGGGGGCAUCUUCCUCAAACAACAGGGAGCUGGCGAGACCCGCCUGGAUUUCACCCACGAAGCCGAGACCUCCGUUCUAACCAUCCGCAAGCCCGCCGUGAACGUCGGAGAAGACUGGAGCAUCUCGCUACGAUAA